UCGAUUCAAUAUUGUCUCCACAAGCUGGUUACAUUCAUUAAGAUAUGGAUGUAGAGGCAAUCUUAGUGGGUGCCAACACCAAAGAGGUAUCGUUCAUCAUGAAAAUCGCACCAAGCAAUGCGAUAUUUCACGAAGUAAUGAAAGUUUACGAUGUUUUCGAAGUAGAAACCGCCAUUUAUCGAGGUGUUGUUGAUGAAUAUCGAAAUAUGUAUCGAAAGGUUGGCAUUGACAUCGAAUUUAUGCCCAACUACUAUAGAUUAGAUGUAGAGCAUCCUUAUCUCCUGCUGGAAGAUCUAAGUUCAAGGGGAUUUAAAAAUAUGCCACGUCUUGAUGGUCUCGACACACAACACACUGAGGCUGCCCUCAAAAAGUUGGCUCAAUGGCACGCAGCCUCGGCACAUCGCAUCGAUAUCGAAGGACCUUUUAACCCAUUUAUGUGUCACAGUUUUCUAAACGAAUCUUUACGUGACAUAAUGAAACCCUUAUCCGAUUCGGUACACAAAGAGUUCCUGGAAUGUGCCAAAUCAUAUCGAGGUGUGGAAGAGAGGUGUUACAAUGCCUUGCAGAGGAAUGUAUACGAUGAAUUGAUUCAAUCGGCCAAGGAAGAGAAACAGGAUUUCUGUGUUCUCAAUCAUGGUGAUUUUUGGUCAAAUAAUAUCAUGUUUCAACAUGAUGAUGAGGGUAAUAUCACCGAAACCUUUUUUGUUGAUUUCCAAGGACCCCGAUAUGGUACACCUGCCCAAGAUCUGUACACACUGCUAUUGUCUUCAACACAAUAUGACAUAAAGUUGACAAAAUUUGAUUAUUUUGUGUGGUACUAUCAUCGGUGUUUGGUUGAAAGUCUCCAAACUUUGAAUUAUCGACCGAUGAUACCAACACUGAAGGAUUUACACAUUAUGUUACAUAAAUAUGGAAUAUGGGGUUACCACGCAGCAAUUGGUUCCAUGGCCACCGUUCUUUUGGACAGCUGUGAGGAAGCUAAGACAGAAAAUUUCUUAGCGGACACUGCUGCAGGAAAGCGUUUUAAAAACCGUCUCUUCACCAAUUCCCGUUAUCGUCAGCAUAUCGAAAUGGUUUUGCCAUGGUUGUAUAAUCGAGGAGCUAUUUAGGGUCAAUGAAAUAAAAACAAGUUAGAAAGUA